CUUUCCUGCAGCGCACAAAAGGGCCAGUGCCGCAGGCUCUGGACGCCCAGGUGCCACCAGUCACCCCUCGGCCACUCCUGCGGCACCAUGAACACCCCGUGGCUGGGGCUGGUGCUAGCUCUGCUCGGGGGCCCCCACGUCCUGCACACGGGCCCCCAGGACCCCAACAUCGAUGAGAAUAUGGUCAACGGCGACUGGUUCUCAAUAGCCCAGGCUUCUGACGAACCAAAACUCCUGUGGAAGGACUCACACAUGAUGUUCUUCAUCCGCAAAACCCACGUAACCCUCAAGACCAUAGAGUUCCAUCUCUACAGGAGAUUCGCAGAUGCUGGCCACAACAUGAUCUUCCUAGAGGAGGUGGACCCCUCUCACUUCCUCAUCUUCUGCAUCCACAACCACUGGCACAGAAAGGAGACGGUGGUGGUGAACCUCCUCAGCUGGACCCCUACCGCGAGCUGUGACAUCAUGCAGACAUUUAGGAAUUACUGCAAAAGCCACGGGAUUAGCCCGGCCAACAUCAUCAACCUGACCCGAACGGACCACUGCCUGCGUGCCCGACAGUAGGCAGGCCGCUGGGCCCAGGAACUGCCCCCUCGAAGGACCAAAAGUUCACAGUUGACCCAAGGAGCCCUUCAACUGUUCCCAUCCCCCCAGGAAGCUCCCCGUUCCUGGAGACCUUUCCUGGGUGUCCAAUAAAAGAU